AUGGACGGUCACGAUUGGUUUAUGGUAUUUCUUGGAUUCUUCUGUAUGUUGUUCAAUAGAGAUUAGAUUUUUAGAGUUGAAAUUGGUACUAACUAGAUGGUUUUAGUUCCACCAAUUCCAGUUUUAAUUAAAAGAGGAUUUUGUUCAGCUGAUUUUUGGAUUAAUAUAGUUUUAUUAUUAUUAGGUUUCUUUCCUGCUAUUUUACAUUGUUAUUAUAUAAUUCUGAUUUAUCCAUAUAGACCAACAUAUGCGGAAUUAGGUGGAGAUGUUCAUAAUAAUAGAACAGAAGAUUAUGGAGCAACAUCGUAA